ACCCAGGUGGGGGGCCCAGGACGCAGACCGGCUGCCCCUGCCCAGGUUCUGCCCUCACAGGAGGCCGAGUGCCCACAACCCGGCGGGGCCUAGCCCCUGGCCCUGGCUGUGCGGCCUAGGGCAGGACUGUGGCUACAGAACGCUUCCAGACCCCCGACCUCUGCUCUGAGCUGACCCUGGCCUCUCAGGCAGCCCUUCUGGGCAACCUUCCGCCCCACCGAGCUGGCCAGGCUGGGCAGGGGCAGGGGCUCUGGCCUGAGAAGUUUGGGCCCUCCUGCGCGCCGUAGCCGGGCACCUUCCUGGCCGGGCAGGGCCAGGAGGCCUGGGGGCUCGGGCCUGGGCUGGACUGGGCUGGGCUGGACUGGGCUGGGCUGGGCGAGGGGCAGUCCUGCUCCAAGCCAGCUUCCCAGGGAUGUGCUUGGGUGGAGGGCGGAGCGGGGCCUGGGCCCGGGUGGCCUGGCAGGCAGAGCAGGGUAAGCCCUGUGGGCACAGGCCUCCAGAACUGGGAAGCCUGGGCGCAGGCUGGACAGGUGCUCCAUUGAGGCUGGAGGGGGCCCAGCGGCACUGGGCGUGAGGGGCGAAGGCCCCGGCUGCCCUCUGUUUCCCGGGCAGCUCUGCGGACAUGGAUGUGUUCCAGAAGGUAGAGAAGAUCGGAGAGGGCACCUAUGGGGUGGUGUAUAAGGCCAAGAACAAGGAGACAGGGCAGCUCGUGGCCCUGAAGAAGAUCAGGCUGGAUUUGGAGACUGAGGGGGUCCCAAGCACCGCCAUCAGGGAGAUCUCCCUGCUCAAAGAGCUCAAGCACCCCAACAUCGUCAGGCUGCUGGACGUGGUGCACAGCGAGAAGAAGCUUUACCUGGUGUUCGAGUUCCUCAGCCAGGACCUGAAGAAGUACAUGGACUCCACCCCGGCCUCCGAGCUCCCCACGCACUUGGUGAAGGUACCGAGGGAAGGACAGGGAAGAGCAGCGUCCGCCCCGCUCGGCGGCCCCGCUCGGCGGCCCCGCGUCCGCUCAGCCGGCGCCUUCUCCUUCUUGCUGCUCCAGAGCUACCUCUUCCAGCUGCUGCAGGGGGUGAAUUUCUGCCACUCUCAUCGGGUCAUCCACCGAGACCUGAAGCCCCAGAAUCUACUCAUUAAUGAGUUGGGUGCCAUCAAGCUGGCUGACUUUGGACUGGCUCGAGCCUUCGGGGUGCCCCUACGCACCUACACCCACGAGGUGGUGACACUCUGGUAUCGAGCCCCCGAGAUUCUGUUGGGCAGCAAGUUCUAUUCAACGGCUGUGGAUGUCUGGAGCAUUGGUUGCAUCUUUGCAGAGAUGGUGACUCGCAGAGCCCUGUUUCCUGGUGACUCUGAGAUUGACCAGCUCUUUCGUAUCUUUCGGACCCUGGGGACACCCACUGAAGCCACCUGGCCAGGAGUCACCCAGCUGCCUGACUAUAAGGGCAGCUUCCCCAAGUGGACCAGGAAGAGGCUGGAGGAGAUUGUACCCAAUCUGCAGCCAGAGGGCCAGGACCUGCUCAUGCAACUGCUGCAGUAUGACCCCAGCCGGCGGAUCUCAGCCAAGGCCGCCCUCGCGCAUCCGUACUUCUCGUCCACCGAGACCUCCCCGGCCCCCCGCCAGUGUGUGCUGGAGCGUUUUUGCCGCUGAGAACGUUUGAGGCCCCCGCCUCAAAGCCUCUCCCCAGCUGCUGCCCCAGUUGCCUCCCCACCCACUUCCCAAGAAAGCACUUAUCUGGGGAGAGAGCAAAACGCUAAGGAAUUUGGCCUCAGCCAUCAGAGGGCUGAGUUUGGGUUAGUCCUGCCAGCAGGUUAGCGAGUUCCUAUGUUGUUUAUUGGGUUAGAUGGAGCCGUUUCAAGCUGAGGGCACAGAAACUCUGUUCAUGGCGGGGUAUGUUAGAGACUGGGCCCCCUGGCCCUGGAACAGCAGGUGCCAAGGAGAGCAAGGAGCCUGUCCUGGCUGCCUCCUGGCGCCCUUCACCUGCCGGGCCCUCGACUGCGUGGCCAGAACCUGAAGGAAAGGGUGCCCCCUGCCGGUCUUUUGGGAUUUAAAAUGUUUGGGGAAGAGUUGUGUUCCAGUUGAGUCCCAAGUUAAACAGCAAGCAGGGAGAGGGAGAGAAAGGACAUUUUCCUAAUCCCAGGGGAGGUCAAGGUGUGUGUGGCUGUUCUAAGUUGUCUCGUCACCUAGGAUUUGCUUAAUGUUUGUUUGCCUCUGGCUUUGAAAACAGGAAAUAAAAAUGACAAAUUCCUGAGAUUUCCAGGGUUUU